AUGCUUCAACAAGCCAAGAAGAGAAAGGCUGAGGAUUACACAUCUGCCGCGGGGGAUGAAACUCUGCCACGUAGAUCAUCUCAUGAUCCGCAAUAUAUCAUCGAUAGAGAAGAAUUAGAGAAAGUUAGAAUUGAUGCACUCUAUAAAAUUGAUGAAGAACGUAGAAAGAAUCAACAAAAGAGAAGGGAACUUGAAGUAUUGGAAAAGGCAGGAAAAGAUAAUAGUAGCAGUAGUAAUAGUGCGUAUCAUAAUAACAAGGUGAAGGAAAUUUUGCAAUCGGGUGAAAAUAUUAUUAAAUUGAUGGUUGGAGGGAAAAUGUUCAUCACUUCAAUGUCUACUCUCAAUAAGAGAGAUAACAUGAUCAAGACCAUGUUGAAUUCUGAUUUUAAGGUUGACACUGAUGAGAAUGGAUGUAUUUUGUUGAAUGAUAGUAAUCCAGAGUAUUUUCCAAUAAUUUUAGAACACAUUCGUACAGGAAGUACAAAUUAUGUUGGUCUUUGGGAAAAUUCUAAUGAAGAAAAUAUUGAAAAGUUAAAGGAAUUAUUGGUGGAAUCUGAUUACUUUGGUACAGGCAAGUUGAGUGCCAAAAUUGCAAAUCUAAUUAAAGAAUUCAAUGCUGACCAAAAUAAUAACAAACCUAAUGAAUCAAAUAAUGAAAUGGUCGACGAAGUAGUAAAACCUAAACCAGUUUCAAAGAAAACUAAUCUCGAUUCUGACCAAGAUGCAAGUGAUGAAAAAUGGUUGGAAAAGUUCAAACAACUUACUCUACAGGAAAAGACAGUUAUGGAUGAAUUUAUGAAAAAGACUGAGGAUGAGAUAGAAAAGGAAAGAGAAGAGCUUAGACAAAGGGAAGCCUCUCUCAAAAAAGAACCAAUUACUUUCAAUGUUAGAGGUGUGAAAUUUGUCUGUGGUAUUGAAAAGUUACUUGUGCACACAGAAAGCAUCUUUCCACAACUUGCUCUUGCAAGCUCCAAUAAUGAAAUUUUCCUUGACAGAGAUAGUGAAAUAUUCUCUGUUGUCUUUGAAUUUUUGGAGAGUGCCACGUUUAACUCUGUCCCAAAAGACAUAUCAAAGAGAAAACUUGUUUACAAGGAAGCCAGAGAGUUUAAACUUAAGGGACUUUUGGAAUUUUUAGAUCCUCUUCGAUAUCCUAUUGAGGAUGUUGGUGCUGAAAAUCUUAAAAUCAAGAAGGACGAAGACUUUUUGAGAAAUCUUUAUGUCUCAGAAAGAGAAAAUCCAAUUUUAGCUGAUCCUUACAUUCAUUUGGUUAAUGUAUUCGGUAGCGAACACGCCACAAGAACAUUGUUCGAUCAAUGUGAUCCCCCUCAAACUGUUCCUAUGAUCUUUGACUUUGAAAAUCCAAUUGAGGCUUCUGAGCUUAUCAAUGAGUUUUCAAAUUUAUUGCUUCCUCCAGUCCCAAAACUCUGCUCUACAAGAGCAGAAUUUUUCACGCAAUUUAAUGCCUUAACAUGUGGCAUCUUUAAGGACAUGGAUUGGUCAAAUGUGUUUGUUGCUGGUGGUGGUAUUUUGGCUUGUAUGUUAAAAGCUGAUCUUGAAAGAGAGGACUUGAUAGAAUCCAAUAGGAACAGGAGGUUUAGAAGCAGAUUCUCCACACCUAUUAGCAUAGAAAAGCCAAAAAAAAAGAUAUUAUAUGAAGAAGAUGAUGGUUCUGAAUCUGAUCAAGAUCAAGUAGAUACAGAUGGUUAUUUUACAUCUUCAUCUUCUGAAGAAAGUGAGCCAGUUUCCCAUUACUCAUUCUUCGGCAAUGUAACACAAGAAAAAGAAAAAGAUUUAGACAAACAACUUUUCGAAUAUUUCCAAAAAUCAUAUUGGAAAAAUAGUGAUAUUGAUUUAUUCCUCUAUGGAUUAAAUGAAAAGGAAGCUGAAAACAAAAUAGUCUACCUUUAUAAUUUAUUUAAAAAGAAUUUAGCUGACAUUCCAAAUUACGCAAGAAAAACAGGAGAAGAGAGCCAUGAAGAUAUCUUGUUGCUUAGAACUGAAAAUGCUAUUACAUUUAAAUUUAUUAGCUCUGUAAGAACAGUGCAAGUGAUUUUGAGAAUUUACAAAGCUCCAGCUGAAGUGUUAAUGGGUUUUGAUGUGAAUUGCUGUUGUGUUGGCUUUGAUGGCUCUCAAGUCUAUGCGUUACCAAGAGCCAUUCAAGCAAUCAAAACAAGAUGUAAUAUUGUGGAUCCAGAUCGUCAAUCAACUACAUACGAACUAAGACUCGCAAAAUAUGCACUAAGAGGUUUUAGAAUAGGUGUGGCUGGGUUUGAUGAAAAACGUAUCCAGAACGAUCUUUUAAUUACGGAUUGCUUUUAUAAACCAAAUAGAAGAAGAUAUGUUCAACCAAAAACGGUGGCAAAGCUUAGCAAUGUGACUGGUCUUGCAAAAAUUCUCCUUCUCAGACACUCUUAUAAGCAUUCAAAAUUUAGAGCUGGCCUUAAAAGUAUUGGAGGAGGAAAGGAUGUUGACUCUGCUGAAAAAAUGAUCUCCAAGUCCAAAUACCAUGACUAUGUGCAAGUCAAUGUUUCACGUCGUUACUUCUUUGGUUCAAAUGAACAACAGUUUGUUACAGCUAGUCAAUAUUUCGAACAUAUUAACAGCAGGACAGAAUAUCUUAUUGAAGAAGCCAAAAAGAAAUUAUUCUUUGAAUAUUCGUUAAAUAACAUUAAUGAAAUAAUUUCAACAACACAACCAAAAAGUGACCUGCCACUACACUUGGAAUGGAUAACCUAUGACCCAGGUCGUCAAUAUGUUGUAGGAAGUUUCCAUCCACACAAACUGAACUUUUUCAAAGAUGCAUAUACUCAUGCUGAAACUGAGUGCAAAGCACAAGGAAAGAAAAAGAUGAGUAAAUAUAUUUGGCAUAUAUCAGGAAGAGGAUAUAGAACAACUCUGAAUGCAGAAGAAUCCAAAAAAGUCGAAACUGCUUACAGACUCUAUAAUAAGGGAGGUCAGGAAGAAUAUGUGUUAAAUAAUGGUAAAAUCAUUAAUUUCGAUACAAUGCAGGUACCUUCAGGCAGUGGAUGGCGUCGUUAUAGAGUAUUCAGAACUUCUGAUUCUUCAAUUUACGUCAAGUCGACUUCAGACACAGUCACAGAUAUACACGAAGUUUUGGAUGUAGAAGAAAAAUAA